CACAGCAGCAGGCAGCCGCAGGCCUGGUGCUGUAGUGGAGUGCGCAGCCAUGGACGGCAGUGGCCGCAGAGUGGUUUGGAGCAGAGCCCACUCUCCUGCCGGCCUCACUUUUGGGGGUUCCGGCACCCGGCUCUACUGGGCAGACCAGGAGCGUGGUGCGAUUGGCAGUGUAGAGCUGGAUGGUUCCCACUUCAGGCUGGUGCGGGAGGGACUACAUGGCCUCAGGCUCUUUGCCAUUGGAGAUGGCUUUCUGCUCUGGUCAACAUCCGCAACCAAUGGCUCCAGCAAGGUCUGGCACAGCCGACUGGAGCAGGCCAAGAGCUGGUGGUUCCUGAUGGAACAAGAGUUGGUGGCCUUGAGAAUUUACAGCCAGUUCUCACAGGAAGGCACCAAUGGCUGCACAAAGAGCAAUGGAGGCUGUGCCCAGCUGUGCUUGCCCAACCCUGCAGGGCGGCAGUGCCGCUGCUCCCAUGGAUACCACCUGGUACGUGGGGUGACCUGUGCUCCAGUUCCACCAUGCCCAGCACUGCUGCAAGCCUGCGCUAAUCUCCAGAGCUGCAUCUCUGCAAAGCAGGUCUGCGACGGGCACCCCGACUGCACCGAUGGCUCCGAUGAGUUGGACUGCAUCUCUGAGGAGGCAAAGACACAGGUCCCCGUGUUAUCAUCAUCAAGGACAGCCCGUGCAGAAGAGGAGAAAUCAACUGUGCCCUCAGCUGCACCUCAGCAGCCCAGCCCCAGCCUGCCUGCAGCCCCUGGGCCCCGGCAGCACGGAGAGGCCUUCCUGGCAACCCCAAACACAGAGGAGGUGCUGGGGGCCAUGCCGUGCAGCAGCGAGACAUGCAAUCUGCGCGGGGAGUGUGCCAUUGAGGCUGGGCGGGUGAUGUGCCACUGCGCCCUGGGCUACCGUGGGGACUACUGUGAGGAGGCAGAGGUGCAGCCGUUGGCAGGCCCCAUCACCCUAGGGGUGGCUGUGCUUCUGUUGCUGGCUGCGGCAGCCGUGGGGGCCCUGGCCUACAUGCGGAAGCGGGAUAGGAGGAGAAGGACCUCAAGCACUGCCUCCACCCGAGUGCUGACCCUGUACCACCGUGAAAGUGACCCUGAGGAAGAAGAUGAGGAGGAGGAAGAGCUUCCACCCAAGAGUGAUACCUUUGUGAAUGAAGCUUAUGACGGGAAAGAGGAGCUGCCAACCCGGCUUGGGAAGGGACCAUCUCGCCCCAACACUGUACUUCCAUAAAGGAAC